AUGCUGGAUCUUAAUCUCAGCGUACGUUCCGCGGAUUCUGCCUCCGAUUCCGUGGAAAUGGUGAGGGAGAAGAUUCUACGCCUCUCCGGAAGCCCAAAGGAGAGCUCCGGUAGCUUCAAUUCCUCCGUUGUUAGUGCUGGCGACGAGGACUCUACCUCCAACUACUACGAUGCGGCUUUCGCUUACAGCUUUGGCAUUCUCAAGGAUAACAGAUCGAUCAGCCCCGGAGAAGAGCUCGAUAAAUGCGACCGGACCAUCCAGUUAUUUCCAGUCUUCGCGGCAGGAGUGGAUGGGUUUCACUUCGAGUUAUGGCGGAAUGGGGGCGGAGAACAGGAUGGCGGCCCAGCAGCAGCGGGGGAGCAACAACAUAGGCCGCAGGUGAAGAAGAGUCGCCGGGGACCGAGGUCUCGGAGCUCGCAGUAUCGCGGCGUUACGUUUUACCGAAGAACUGGAAGAUGGGAAUCGCAUAUUUGGGAUUGCGGGAAGCAAGUGUAUCUGGGAGGAUUUGACACUGCUCAUGCUGCGGCUAGGGCAUAUGAUCGGGCUGCAAUCAAGUUUCGUGGAUUGGAUGCUGAUAUCAAUUUUAAUAUCAGCGAAUAUGAUGAAGAUAUUAAGCAUAUGAGUAAUUUUUCCAAGGAAGAAUUUGUGCAUAUCCUACGCCGCCAGAGCACCGGGUUUUCCAGGGGAAGCUCCAAGUACAGGGGAGUGACGCUACACAAAUGUGGGAGAUGGGAAGCUCGUAUGGGGCAGUUUCUGGGCAAGAAGUAUAUAUAUCUUGGGCUAUUCGAUAGCGAGGUGGAGGCUGCAAGGGCAUAUGACAAGGCUGCCAUCAAAUGCAAUGGAAGGGAUGCUGUCACCAACUUUGAGCUGAGCACAUAUGAAGAGGAAAUUAUCCCUGAGGCUGAUAAUGACUGCAAUCAAAAUCUUGAUCUUCAGUUGGGAAUGGCUCCUUCAUUUUCUAAUGCGGGGAACGAGAACAACACUGAUGCAAGCAGUUUUCAUUUGCAGUGUGGCUGGGAUGAGAUGCCUUUUGAUAGGAGACCAAGGAUUGAGAACACUGCUUCAGAAACAGUGAGGAUUCAAGUUCCUCAUGGACCUGCGAAGGCAUCUGAGCACCCUCUUCUCUGGAGUGGUGCAAAUUCCAGUUUCUUUUCCAUCUAUAAGGAAAAAGCAAUGGAGAAAAGGAUGGAAGUUGAGUCCUCGCCAUGUUGGCCAAGUCAAACCUGCGGUCCUUUUGGUGGGGCGACUCAAGUGCCACUCUUCUCUGCUGCAGCAUCAUCAGGAUUCCCUUCAACAACUACCAGUUAUCCAUCAGCUGCUGUUGGUCAACUUCAUCUUCCAAAUACAACUAUCCAUCCACCACCAUUCUUUGCCAUCAAUCACCCACACUACCACCAUGUCCCAUUUCCACUGCAAGAGCUGAAAUCAGUACCAGGAAGAACAUAGCAACAACCCCCAGAAAUCUUCUAAUUUGUUCUGAAAGCAGAAGAUGGCCGGUGGGUAGGCAAAUUUGGAAAACAAAGAUUGGUAAUUGAAUUCAUUAGUUUCGGUAGAUUUCUGCAUUAUGGAUAUCUGAUUCCAUAAGUUGAUAUGAUCUUUUCUUCCAUGUGAAGCUUUAUCAAACUUAAGCACCUUAGCUCUUUGGCAUGAGUAGAUUUGGGUACUAUUUCUGCCUCCAUAUAUGCUGGUUUUGUGCUACAAUGAGCCUCUGCACAAAGCUCAGAAAGUACGUAUGUCCUGUGAAAUGAUUUGAAAAGAAAACAAUGUCACUUCAAAGUGUUGCUUA